ACACCAUCAUCCAGCUCAGCUCUGCACCCUGGAAAUGGCCAGCCCUGCGCUAGACCUGGACGAGAGCACCCCGACGCACGAAUCCCCUCCAGAAGCCGCCUGCAGAGAGGCACAGAAGUGGAUCGAGCAAGUUACGGGUAGAAGCUUUGGUGAUAAAGACUUUCGCACGGGACUGGAAAAUGGAAUCCUUCUUUGCGAGCUGUUGAAUGCAAUUAAACCAGGACUUAUAAAGAAGAUAAACAGAUUACCAACACCUAUUGCUGGUUUGGAUAAUGUGACGUUAUUUUUACGAGGUUGUAAAGAACUUGGCUUAAAAGAAUCCCAGCUGUUUGACCCAGGAGAUCUGCAGGACACUUCCAACAGAACAACAGUUAGGAUAUCAGACUGUAACCGGAAGCUACGAAAUGUACUCGUCACUGUUUAUUGGCUGGGAAAAGCGACAAACAGCUGUGCGUCAUACAGCGGAAAUCACCUGGACCUGAAAGAGUUUGAAGGCUUGCUGGCACAAAUGAGGAAGGAAACCGAGGAAGUGGAGAGCCCUAAAAGAAGUAUUCGUGACAGCGGCUACAUAGACUGCUGGGACUCUGAGAGAAGCGAUUCUCUGUCCCCACCGAGACACGGCAGAGACGAUUCCUUUGACAGCCUGGAUUCAUUUGGUUCUCGCUCACAACAAACGCCAUCUCCAGAUGUGGUGCUGAGAGGGAGCAGCGAUGGAAGAGGAAGUGACUCAGAAUCAGACCAACCCCACAGAAGAUUACCUGAUGUCAGGAAGGAUGACAUGUCUGCCCGACGGGUAUCUUUUGGCGACAACAAAGCAACAGUGCCUUUUAACCAGUACCUUCCCAACAAGAGCAAUCAGACUUCAUACCUUCCUGCUCCUCUGAGGAAAAAGAGGGUUGAACACGAUUACCGGAAAAGCUGGAGUACUGCAACUUCACCACUAGGGGGAGAAAGGCCUUUCAGCCACCCUGAAACAAUUGAGGAGGAACACGGUGAGGGGCAGAAUGGAGAACAUGGAGCCUCCUCGCUGAUCUCUGUUAAAGGACAGUUAGGAAUAACUGAAAAACUUAAAGGAUAUUUUGAUCAGCAAGAAGAUGAUGUAAAGGAUCAGCCUUCCGGUAAUGAAGAUGAGGAGGCCCGGAAAUUAAAAAGCCUUCAAAAAGUUGGAAUAAAGGUCAUGCCUGCAACAAAGCGUUACAACAGUCCAAAGCAAUUUGCAGAAGACCAUGAAACCGUGGGGAUUGUGCUACGGAAAGAGAACAGCCACCCAGCUAAUGAGGAUUCUGAAGAGGAAGAAGAGUGCAAAAUGCCAGAUAUUGAGCGAGAUGACUUGGCGACACGCAGAGCAAGGAUGAACCAACCUAAAGUUUCAACACCUUUUAAUCAAUAUAUAGGAUCCUAUAUUACCAAAACAAAGCCUUCUUCGGACUCGAGUGCCACCACUGCCUCCUUCAAACAUACCAUGGAUAAAAGCAAGAAAGAACAUCAAGACCAACCGGCGGAGAAGAUGACCAUUUUAAAGGAAAAUUUCGCUCAAAGGCCCAUAGACAACGAGUCUGACCAAGAGGAAGAGGAGAAAGUACCAGACAUUCAGAAGGACGAUCUGGCCAAGCGUAAAACACAUGGUUCGGUCAAACAGCAGAAGGAGCCUUUGGUUUUUAGUAAAGGCUCAAUAACAAGGGCUGACUUGGCAACCUGGCAGAGGCUUAAGCUGUCUUCCGAAGAGAGUGAACAGACACCCAGCAAUGGCCAAACACCAAAAAUUGAUGCAAGCCGAGCAGCCAAUGAUGACUUUGGUAGACGCAAGUUAUCCCUGCAAGAGAAGAGGGCUCGCAACAAACAAAAAUUUGUCCACUUUGGCCCAGUUACUGAGAUUGACCAGAAGCGAUGGGAUAAGCUCUGUAUUUCCAAACCUAGUGUUAGUGAGGCAAAUAUAAGCGAUGAAAAUGCCUCUGACAUUGCAUAUGCCAAAGCAGUAAUCUCAGACAGUGCUCCGACUGUUCAGACCGUGGACACCGUCCCAGUAACACAUCUACAAUGCCAGUUGAGAUGUACGGCAGAAGUCAGCAAAAUCCCAGAUGUGUCUCCAGACAAUGACUGUGAGCAUGGUGGACCGUUACCAGAUUCCCAACGUGAUGACAUGUUAGCACGACGAAUUGGCACUUUCCAGAAGUGUGUCAAAGUUGGCCAUCCCUCUUCUAGUACCGAUGACAACCAGCAAAAUAUACAUAAUGAAAAUGUGAAGACCCCAAAGGCUAAACUUAAGGAAAAUAAACAGUCAUUGGAAGAUGAUGAUCAACUCCUGAGUAAGGACAUACUUCCUGAAGUUACAGUUGAUAUGAAAUCUAAUUUAAAUGACAAACCUGAGACGCAUGCCGUACAGCUUAAUUCAGAGGAAGAUGUAUGUAAAGAAGACACCAGCUUGCAGAACGACAGGGCUACACCAGAUCCAGAAAAGGAUGAUAUGAUGGUCAGAAGGAUCUCUGUGAGUCAGAGACCACCUGGGGUAACUCUAACUCACUUCCUUCCAGUACCAUUUUCUCUACAAAAGACUGAAGAGAAGUCACACAUCUUCCAACCAAAGGAAAAGAAGCCCAUCAGCUCUCUUCAUGUGACCACAAUUACUCCAAAUAACACCCCCCAAGCCCAUACCGCUGUCAGGUCUGACAGUCCGUCUAAGACACUACAGCAGAGCACAGAAGAAGAGCCCACUGAAUUAAGAGAUGAUCUGAUGUGUCAACCAGCUUGCAACCCCAUUGAGAAUAAUCCCAUAUGUGCAGAGCUUAAAUCCCAACCACCACAAGAAUCUCUUGAAAGUCCUGACCGAGAAGUAUCGAGAUUCAGCACACGGUCGUCUCUGUCAGAUGACGCGGAGAGUGUGAGCAUGUGCGAUAUGAGAUAUGAAGAGGAGGGAAGUAUGCUGCCCCACAGCAGAGCUCACCAUGAACACUUGCAGUUUGUCAAUGAUCUGCUGAAGGAGGAGGAUGAUACAUGGCAGGAUGACCUGGCACGGUGGAAGACCCGCAGGAGAAGUGCAUCACAAGACUUGCUACAGAAAGAAGCAGAAAGAAAAAAGAUGGAAAGGUUACUUAGUGGGGAACCCGACUUGAGUGAAAGAAGGAAAAGCAUAAAAACUUACAAAGAAAUAGUAGAGGAAAAAGAACAAAGAGAGAAAGAAUUGCAUGAAGCUUACAAAGGUGCCAGGACAAAAGAGGAAGCAGAGAAGAUACUGCAGAAAUACAUUGAGAGGUUUACCAUAAGUGAAGCUGUUCUUGAACGUUUAGUGAUGCCAAAAAUUCUGGAGAGAAGCCAUUCAGUGGAGCCUGGCUUACUCGCCUCAUCUGAGGACCCCAACCCAUUGAAGUAUCUGAGACAGGAGUCAUUGCCUUCUCCAAAGUUUACUUCUACAGUAGAAGCAACUAUAUCUCCAACCUCUGAAUCAGAUUUUAAAGCACCCCUGGGUCCUACAUCACCAACAAAAAGUGUGGUUUCAAAGGCAGUGCCUAUGUUAACACCCAAGCCUUAUUCCCAGCCUAGAAAUACACAGCAUGUUCUCAAAGCAUUCAAGGUAGAUGGAAAAGUGAGUAUGAACGGAGAGGCGAUGAAUGGCACAGAGGAACACAAAGAAAUGGGAUCAAGUGCAACACAUCAAAUGUUUGUUCCCUCACUGACCAGAUCGCAGAUGUUUGAAGGUGUAGCCAGAGUGGAUGUACAAGCAGUAGUGGUGGAGCCGGAUGCAUCCUCCAUUGAACUUAGUUUGAAAAAGCCGAAUGUACAGAACUCUGUCAAGCACAAAGAAAUUUUGCCUGAAGAAAGAAAUCACAAUGAUGUUGUAGAUGGAAGAGAUUCAUCUUUCCACACAGGACCGUCAGCUGAAGGUACAAAGCAGCACAAGGAAAACCCCAUUGUCACCAGCUUAGAGUUCACACCAUCUCUUGCACCACCUCAAACUGUUGUAAAUGGGAAAGACCAAGAAGAGGAACAAAAGAUUGAUCCCAAGUCACUGUCUCUGAAUUUCAACGUCAAAGAAGAAAGAGAAACAGCAUUGCAUCAAGUAAAAACAACACAGGAACAUGAACAAGAGGCACUGCGGAAAGAACAGCAUGGAGGUACGGAAAGCAGCGGGAGCUCAGCAGUACUAAUACCAGCUUUAAAUUCUCCAAGUCGGUUUUGUUCUUGGGAUCCAGAUGAAGAGCGAAGACGACAGGAGAGAUGGCAGCAGGAGCAGGAGAGGCUGCUGCAGGAGAGGUACCAGAAAGAGCAGGAGAAGCUGAAGGACGAAUGGGAAAAAGCCCAGAAAGAGGUGGAAGAGGAGGAACGUAAAUAUUAUGAGGAGGAGAAAAAGAUAAUUGAAGACACCUUAAUGCCAGUGACAGUGUCCCCUGCUACAAGUUUACAUCGUGGUGUAUGUGAGAUGAAUGGAAGCAUGACCUCCAACCACAGGGAGCAGCAAACCACCUCUGAAGAGACUUGGACAGAGGCAAAGAGCUGUGUGAAAGAGGCAGCACAGCCAGAAGAUAUUAAACCGCAAGUGUCAUUGUGGACACUGGAGGGAGCUGUCAAUAGACCAGAAGAACAGCAAAAAGGCUCCAGCAGGUUGGAAACAGAAGAGACGGUGCCUAUGACAGAUAAAGAGAACAACUAUACUUUCCAUCAACAGUGCAGCACACUCACCAGCCUUCAUUUACAAUUUGGCGUGACUUCAGAAUCCCAUGUGUCUGAGGAUGCGGCAUCUCUUAACAAUUUUGAGGACAGUAAAAACAGUCAGCCAAGGUCGCCCUGUGUGGAUUCAAAGGGACUGGAUCCUCCAGAGACCCCCAGGGAUACCAGUUAUUCCUCACAGUCUUCUACACAAUGCCAGUCACCCAGCAGGUACAAAAGGUCUGUAAGUGGAAAGAAACUAUGUUCUACAUGUGGACUACCACUUGGAAAGGGGGCAGCCAUGAUCAUUGAAACGCUUAGUCUAUAUUUCCACAUUCAGUGCUUCAAGUGUGGGGUUUGUAAGGGACAACUUGGUGACGCAACGACAGGAACGGAUGUCAGGAUUCGCAAUGGUCUAUUAAACUGUAAUGAUUGUUACGUCAGAUCUAGAACGGCUGGACACCCUACACCAUUGUGACUUCAUCAGCUGCCAUGAAGAGCAUUUGGAAAGGCGGAGCUCCCCUCCCGUGUGGGCGGACUCCAGACAAUCACUUUUACCUGCAGAGACCCGGACACUCAUCUCGUGUGGAGAGAGGAGCACUGUGUGUGGUGCUUACUACUAGCAUACUACAUGAUUUGCUUCAUAUUUCAUAUGCAGAAAGAAUAUGGUAGAUUAAAUCUGUGGAACAGCACAGAGGAGUAUUGUUUAUUUGCCAAGAAGAGUUGAAGUCAAACCCUGGUUUCCGAACAGCCUGAAAACUACGGCAAGACUUAAAGCAAGUGUGUCCUGAAAGUGUGUUUUGUGCUACAUGUUCUGAUGUGCCUCUUUCAAUUCAACCUAAAAAAUUAAUGGUGCGGUCAAUUUGUACUUGUUCUAAUUAUAGGGCUUCAUCUUAUGCACAAGCUACAGCAAACAUAACCAGCAAACACCGAUAUGCUUACACGUACCACACUGUGCAUAUUGCUUUAAAUGGCUGUGAAGACAACUCUAUCUGUUCCUGGGGAACGGACAUCCCAGCUUGUGCUCACUGGUGGCCUUUGCUUUUCAUGGGCAUCUUAGCAGUUGUAGGCAAGCCCUGUGUAUCAUGAUGUUACCAAGUAAUGCC